AUGGCGCCGCCGGUUGUCGUCCGCAUGUUGAAUCUCUUCUCCGCCGCAAUGGUAUUCGCAAUAGUCACAUCUGCACUCGCCAUGCCAGCUCUCGCUGGAGUCACACCCAUCAGCAGCACCGGUCAGUCAGAGAGUGCCAGUUCGCCUCGCAAGCUGCUGCUGCGAGCCUCCAAUCCCAGGAAGCUGGACGAAUUAAACCCGGAUGGUUGCACUGACGGGGACGGCAGCGGGGACGGCAGCGGGGACGGCAGCGGGGACGGCAGCGGGGACGGCAGCGGGGACGGCAGCGGGGACGGCAGCGGGGACGGCAGCGGGGACGGCAGCGGGGACGGCAGCGGGGACGGCAGCGGGGACGGCAGCGGGGACGGCAGCGGGGACGGCAGCGGGGACGGCAGCGGGGACGGCAGCGGGGACGGCAGCGGGGACGGCAGCGGGGACGGCAGCGGGGACGGCAGCGGGGACGGCAGCGGGGACGGCAGCGGGGACGGCAGCGGGGACGGCAGCGGGGACGGCAGUGGUGACAGCGGCAACAGUGGCGACGGUGGCAGCAGCAGCAGUGUGGACGUGGCAGCCAUUCUGGAGGAGCACAACAAGGCCCGGCAGGAAGUGGGUGUGCCAGACCUCUCAUGGGACGACGGGGUGGCAGCAACAGCACAGGCAUGGGCGAAUGAGCUAGCCUCUAGAGGAUGCAUCAUGGAGCAUGGAGGAGCGGAUGGGCUUGGGCAGAACCUGUACUGGAAGGGCCCUGUGCAGCUCAACAGUGACGAGGACCGGGCGGCGGUGCAGUCGUGGGUGGCGGAGCAGGCUGACUGGACGUACAGCCCCGUGCCAGAGGGGUGUGCGGAUGGCAAGCAGUGUGGACACUACACGCAGGUGGUGUGGCGGGAUACCACUCAGGUGGGGUGCGGUGCUGCCCAGUGUGCGGAUGGUGGAGGCAUGUGGGUGUGCGACUACUUCCCACCAGGCAAUAUGGUUGGGUCGACUCCUUUCUAG